UUACUCGCGUAAACGCACGUGCGGGAAUAAAGUGCGGCACUUGGGAGGGCUCUAGCCGUCCUCACGAACCUCCAAUUAUUCCGAUCAUUUCUAUAAAAUAAUUCAUUUCUCCCAGUUUGAUUAUCAAAUAAAAAAGUCCCUCUGAAAUAAUCAAGUCAGUGAGUGCAAGUUGAAGCAAGUUUUAUCAAUAAAACACAGUGAUAAAUCCCCCUAUUCAAACGUUUAAAUCACACGAUUAGGGACAUGGCUCUUGGGUCACAAGUCGAGGCAAACGGCGACGAUGGUGCUGUGAAAAUACCAAUGGUCAACGGAAAAAAAGAUGUACCAGAUGAUGCACAUAAGGACGAGGGUUCAGGCACAGCCUCCACGGAGGUCCUGGAGAAAGGGGAGGUAGAGGCGACGAAAGAGUGUGAGAAGGAGAAGAGUGAGAAAGAGAAGGACAACGACGAAAAAGAGAAGGAUGGAAAUGAUCAAGAGGUUGUUUUUAUUCAAGAUAUGGGUUUUACAGUAAAAAUAGUGAGCCCCGGUGCUGAGCCCUUUGACAUUCAGGUGUCCUCCAUGGAGCUGGUCCAGGAGAUUCAUCAACUGCUCAUGGACCGAGAGGAUACAUGUCACAGAACAUGUUUCUCUCUCCAGCUGGAUGGAAACACUCUGGACAAUUUUGCAGAGCUGAAAAAUAUCGAGGGUCUGAAGGAGGGCUCGAUAAUCAAGGUAGUGGAGGAACCCUACACCAUGAGAGAGGCCAGGAUUCAUGUGAGACAUGUCAGGGAUUUGCUGAAGAGUGUUGAUCCUGCUGAUGCUUACAACGGAGUCGAGUGCGGCAGUUUAAGUUUUCUGAAUGUUGUUACCAAUGGAGAUAUUCUUGAGAAGAAAAAAACAAGAGCUGAUGCCGUUGACUGCACACCUCCUGAUUAUAUUAUUCCAGGGGGCAAGGAGAGGCCCCUAUUGCCACUACAGCCACAGGCCAAGGAACAGAAGUGUUCUCCAUGUCUUAAAGUAUUAACAACCUCAGGCUGGAAUCCCCCACCAGGCCAUCGUAAACUUCACGGUGAUCUCAUGUACCUCCAAGUGAUAACUCUUGAGGAUAAGCAGUACUAUCUAACCGCCUGUGCUCGAGGCUUCUUCAUCAAUCAAUCGACGAAGGAGACUUUCAAUCCCAAGCCAGCUACCCCCUCUCAUCUGUGUCACAGUUUGAUUGAGCUUAUGAAUCAACUUUCUCCCGCUUUCAAACGAGGCUUCACAGCGAUGCAGCGCCGGAGGACUCAGCGUCAUCCAUUCGAGAGAGUAGCAACACCCUAUCAACUCUACGCCUGGUCUGCACCCCAGACGGAGCAUACGAUCGAUGCCAUCAGGGCUGAAGACACAUUCUCAGCUAAAUUGGGGUAUGAGGAACAUAUUCCUGGACAAACGAGGGAUUGGAAUGAAGAGUUGCAGACCACUAGGGAGUUAUCAAGGAAAAAUCUGCCCGAGAGAUUGCUCAGGGAGAGAGCCAUCUUCAAGGUUCAUUCUGACUUUGUUGCUGCUGCUACUCGAGGGGCUGUGGCUGUCAUCGAUGGAAAUGUCAUGGCAAUUAAUCCAGGGGAGGAGGCCAAGAUGCAGAUGUUCAUUUGGAACAAUAUCUUCUUUUCUUUAGGUUUUGACGUUCGUGAUCACUACAAAGAGCUCGGUGGUGAUGCAGCAGCCUUUAUAGCCCCUCGUAACGACCUUCAAGGGGUCAGAGUCUACGCAGCAGUCGAUUUGCCUGGUCUCUAUACCCUGGGAACAGUUGUAGUUGAUUACAGAGGUUACAGAGUCACAGCUCAAUCCAUAAUCCCAGGGAUCCUCGAGCGCGAGCAGGAGCAAUCUGUUGUUUAUGGUUCGAUAGACUUUGGAAAAACUGUUCUGACUCAUCCUAAGUACCUGGAGUUGCUCAACAAAGCUGGACAGCAAUUGAAAAUCCUUCCUCACAAGGUCAUCAAUGAUGCAAACGAGGAGAUUGAACUCUGCUCCAGUGUUGAAUGCAAGGGGAUUAUUGGAAACGACAGCAGACACUAUGUUCUGGAUCUACUGAGGACGUUUCCACCUGAUGUUAAUUUUUUGAAGCUUGAGGGCGUUGAGUUGAGCAAGGAAGCACGAGCUCUGGGUUUCCCGGUUGAACAUAAACAUCGACUGGCUUGUUUGAGACAAGAGCUCAUUGACUCGUUCGUUGAGGCUCGCUAUGUUCAAUUCAUAAAACAUGCAGCAGCUCACCUCCAGCAGCUGACUGCCUCCAAGCUCUCCCAAAAGCCUAAAGAGUCUUCUGACUCGUCCAAACCUUCUCAAGACCCUAAGUCUAUCACGGAGUCCAAGCCCAUCGCAGAGUCGAAGCCCCUUCCUAUUGACUCAAACAAAGAGACCUCUGUAGCCUCUUCCAUCGAGGCCGACGAAGCCAAAAAGAUUGUCGAGAGCAUAACCGACUCCAUCACCGGAGGCGAGAAGCAAGAGUUAGAGGAAUCCACCAAAGAAAUAGUUAAACGUGCAGCAGCCGCUGUUGGCUCUCUCCGAGAGGCAGAAUUCGACGUCAAGUUUAAUCCUGAUGUCUUCUCUCCGGGAGUCAAACACCCCGACCCCACUGGAGAUUCCCUCAAGAAGCAGAGGCAACUAGUGAUAGAUGCUGCCGACUUCCUUCUGACAGUUCAGCUUCCCACAUUCAUCCGUGAUUGCCUCGAUCAUACAGCAGCAGCAAUGGAUGGUACAACACUGAUAGAAGCCCUCCACGGUCGUGGUAUCAAUGUUAGAUACCUCGGAAAACUGGCUGCCAUGUUGGCAGCAGUCCCUCAACUCAAAUAUCUUCAUAAAAUCGCUGUUUCUGAGCUGAUCCUCCGAUCCUCGAAGCACAUUUUCACGUCGUACAUGCAGGCAACAGAGCUCAUGUACCUGUCUGCUUCGAUUUCCCACUUCCUCAACUGUCUUCUAUCUUCUUCCCAAUUCGUCCACCCCCAGCUGAAUCUGGAGGAGCUACAAAGCAAGACAGCAAAGCGCAGGAACAAGCGCAAGGGCCGGGCCAAUGGUCCACAACAGUCGGAUGUCGAGUGGGCUUCGCUGACACCUAAAUCCCUCUGGCAGCAGAUCAAAACGGAUCUCAAGGCAUACUACGACUGGGAGACCCCAUGCCCAGAGUCUUUUGACACUACCAUCGAUCACUUUGAUCUCCAGAAGAUCUCGUUGUUGAGGAAUUUCUGCGUGAAAACUGGAAUUCAGAUACUUCUGAGAGAAUACAACUUUGAAACCAAGAACCGAGCGACUUUCUUCGAGGAGGACAUUCUCAAUAUUUUCCCUGUCGUCAAGCAUAUCAAUCCUAGAGCAUCCGAUGCUUAUAAUUUCUACACGACAGGCCAGAGCAAGAUACAGCAGGGCUAUCUCAAGGAUGGGUAUGAGCUCAUAAGUGAGGCACUCAAUCUACUCAAUAAUGUUUAUGGAGCAAUGCAUCCUGAGAUUGCUCAGUGUCUUAGAAUGCUUGCCAGGCUUAAUUACAUUAUGGGUGAUCACGGCGAGGCCCUUGCCACUCAGCAAAAGGCUGUUCUUAUGAGUGAAAGGGUCAAUGGCAUCGAUCAUCCUUACACGAUCACUGAGUACAUACAUUUAGCUCUCUACUCAUUUGCCAAUGGACAAGUCUCAGUGUCUCUGAGACUGUUGUAUCGAGCCAGAUAUCUUGCACUCCUUGUCUGCGGUGAAGAUCACCCGGAAGUCGCUCUCAUAGACAGCAAUAUCUCCCUAAUACUUCAUGCAGUGGGGGAGUACGAAUUGUCCCUCAGAUUUCUUGAGCAUGCACUGUCUCUCAAUCUCAGAUAUCAUGGUCCUCGAUCUCUCAAGGUCGCUGUCUCUUAUCAUCUCGUGGCAAGAACACAAAGUUGCAUGGGAGACUUCAGGGCAGCGCUGAAUAACGAGAAGGAGACUUAUGCCAUUUACAAACAACAGCUGGGAGAGGAGCAUGAGAAGACCAGAGAGAGCUCUGAUUGUCUCCGACAUCUUACACAACAGGCAGUUGUUCUUCAGAAAAAAAUGAAUGAAAUUUAUACUGGCAAAAGUGGAGUCUCACUUCCACCCAUUCAGAUACAACCACCAUCUAUGGGAAGUGUUUUAGAUAUGCUCAAUGUCAUCAAUGGAAUUCUCUUUGUUCAAAUCAGCCAGCAGGAUAUUGAAAAUCUGAAGGCUGAGAUUGAGAAGAGGCAGAAGGAACAGGGCGAGGGUAAGGACGAGGGUGAGGGGAAGGAGAGAGAGAAAAUCGAGGAGAUUGAAAGCUGAGUUUGAUCAGGGGGAAAUGGAAAGGAUCUUUUGAGGGGCUCAAUGUCAUUUUUGCACCUGCAGAAGUUUUUUUAAUGAGAAGGGAUUCGUAACAACUGUAUAGGUGAAAGGGGGAGUAGGGGUUGUCAUUUUAAAAUCGUGGGCAGAUCUUCAGGGUGUGUUUUACCCUAUCCGUAGAGGAAUAGAUCGGUUUUGUUGGUCAGUGGAAGGGGUAGAGGGAUAAAUGGUGUAAAUAGUUUCAAGGUUGAGAUUGAGAAGAGACAGAAGUUGUGGGAGUGAGUGAGAAAAUAUCGAGAUUGAUUGGAGUUUGAUCGGAAGUAAAUGAGACAGAAGAUUUUCACAACUGGGACAUGUUUUUCCGAGAUAGGUAUGAUAACAGCUGUUUAGAGUGGAGGGGACGAGAAAGGGACUUGUGAUUUUGAAAUCAUGAGCAGCAGGUGUUUAGGGCAUUUUUUACCCCAUGAGUAAAGCAAUCCAUUUUUCUUGUCCUGAAGAGUGACGUGUGAUGGGGGGUAAAUGAUGUAAAUAGUUUCGAGUUAUGGUCUAGGAUCAUUGCGAGUCACUAAAAACUCAAUGAUAAUUUUUUUUUCCUAGUGUUGUCUUUAGUAUUAGCAACGAAACGUACGUUGAAAUGGAAGCAAAUUGUUUUCGACUCGGGUGAUAGGAAACACUGGUAUGUGGAUGACGAAAUUUGAAUGGGAACGCUUCUUUGGUGCGAGAUAAGAGAAUAAUCACUCAUGUGACGGCAGGUGUUUCGGUAGAGAAGGGUGAAAUUGUUGAGUGUGUGAUUACGGGCUUUUUCAUGAAUUAUGGUCGCAUGAGACUGGGAACAUUGGACUUUUGAAUCAUUCGUGAAUUCGUGCGAUCCAUUUUUACCGCUCAUUAUUUUCUUUUAAUUAUCGUAGAAAGGCAAAUAGAGUAGUUAUGAAUUGAAGAGUGAGGCUUGCGAGGGAUGGAGAGGACAGAGGUAGAGUCUAUCGUUACAAUUGACUCUAUUGAUUGUUAUACGCUUGGUAUUGGCUCUGUGUACUGGCGAGGGGAAUUUAUUGCUGUAAAAUUCAAAAAUUUUUGCCUUAGCACAUGUCUGUAGUGGAUUUUCAUUGUUAUCUCUUUUUUUCUAACUUUUGUUCAAACCCAAUUCAAUUCUAGAUAUCACGAUUGAAUCUUCGUCGGGUAUCAACCUAGACAGUUUACGGUUUUAGAACAGGUUUAAAUUUUUUACAAUUCCAGCGGAAAUCUCCUCGUCUAUCUUAUGGGGAAAAUCAACUGUUGAGUCUUCAACGCGUCUUCAAGUCAACCAAUAAUGAAUCCCAAAAUGCAGUGGAAGUGAUCCUCGUUUAAUUAUAAUAGUGCCGAAGAGUAGCUAAUAGUUUUUAGUGAUAGGAAAACUAGUCGCUAAGCAGUUAUCGUUACCAAUAAACAGGAAAAAAAAGUCAAAAAAAAAAUCAUUUCUAGCACAAAAUGGAAAACCAAAUAAAAAAUUUGGAUUAAAAAAUUAUCAACGGUUUAAUUUUUUUUUUAAUCUUUUGUAUGAAUUCGCUUUUUCUAUUUCAUUGGAGUUACAAGAGAACAAAUGAUAACGUUACUAGUUGAAUAAUAUAUCGCACCUGUUAGUAAUUACUAUAGGAGUCGAAGAAAUUAAAAAAUUUGAUGAAUAGAAUCCGGUAGAACAACUCAAUGAGGAGAACUCGAUGGGUGUAACGAGCGAGAACAAACGUUUCGAAAGACAUGUGCGUAAGUGAAUAAAAAAUUAGAUAAAUAUCUGAUUUAACGUAAUAUGAAUAUUAUAUAUAAUCUGUUAUAUAAUUUGGUAAUGAGAACAUUGUGAAAAUGAACAAUUACGCCAAUAAAAGCCAUUUUGUAUGUAA